UGUACCCGCAGUUUAUUUGAGGGUUAAGAUCAUACUUUCAUUCAUUCAUUAAAUGUCAUCCACAAGUGACAAUAUAUGUCAGCCGUCAUUCUUUUUUCAUGUGUUUUAGUUUCUGUUUGAUUUUGCUUGCAACCGUCGUGGCGCGCGUUUUUCUAAUUAAAUUCUUAUUAGAUUCUCACUAUUCUGCAUAGACUUUACAUCAGAUUAUAAUUUCGUUUCAAAAUGAGUGCGUGGCCUGAAGUAACGACUGCAAAGUCGGAAAAUCGUCAUGAAAUCAAAUUGGCGGGUGCGGCUAUUUCGAAACGUAUAACAGAAGGUGGUUUAGACAAAGGAAUAUUUCAAUUAACUAAUAUUAAUCUUUUAAAUAUUAGCGAUACGUGUCUAACAGCUAUUCCAGACGAAAUAAGUCAGUUGGUGAACCUGCAAUCCUUGUUGUUAUACGGCAACAAGAUAACAGACUUCAAUGAAAACAUAACCUCACUAAAGAAAUUAAAAGUACUUGAUCUAUCGAGAAACUUGCUGAAAAAUAUACCUGGAUCUAUAAAUGAGAUGAAAGAAUUAACUAACAUCAAUCUUAGUUCCAAUGAGAUUGAGGAGAUGCCGAAAUUUACGGAUUUUCCGAAUUUGCUAACAAUUGACAUGUCAAAUAAUAAACUCACUAGUUUCUUGGACUUGGAGAACGCUGUUAUGCCUCAUCUGACAGACCUAAAAAUUAAAAGUAAUUCCAUUGAAGUACUACCCAGCUGCAUAAUUCGUAGCUUGCCCUCGUUGAAAAACUUCGACAUCAGUGAUAAUCGCCUGAAAUCAGUUCCUGGAGAAAUUGCAAACAUGGGGAAAUUGAAAGAAAUAAACCUUAAGGGCAACAAAUUCACUGACAAAAGGUUCAUGAAACUAGUCGACCAGUGCCGGACCAAACAAGUUAUGGACUACAUCCGCGACCAUUGCCCCAAGACUGACCAGGCCCAGCCAACAGGCAAAAGCAAGGGAAAGAAAGGAAAAAGAGAAGAACCAACAGCAGAAGAUCAGGAAUGUGAUCUUUGCCAUUCGAUGAAGAUUCUCCAUGUAGAGGAUGAUAUCUUACGAGUUAAAAUCGUUGAGUCCCAAGUUGCUGGUGUCCGACCUUUUAUUCUCUGUUGCAUCGUGAACGACUUGAGCUUUGACGAGACAUCGUUUAAAAAGUUUAUUCAGAUGCAGACAAAGCUUCAUGAUACCAUCUGUGAUAAGAGGAACAUUGCCACCAUCGCCACACAUGAUCUGGAAAAGAUUGCUCCAGGUGACCUAGUAUACACAGCGAAGGCUCCAUCAGCUCUGAAACUGACACCACUAUCAAGGGUGAAGCCCUACUCUGGAGAGCAGCUGUUCCAGCAGCUGACAGCUGAAGCAGAGGCUCUCAGGAAGGAAAAGAAGAGGAAUGUUUACUCUGGAAUACACAAAUAUCUGUACUUAUUGGAAGGCAAGCCUCUAUAUCCAUGUCUGGAAGACGCCAGUGGAAAGGUCAUCAGUUUCCCACCCAUCACCAACUCUGAGGAUACUAAGAUGUCACAAAACAGCAAGUCGAUGUUGGUUGAAGUGACGUCACACACAUCGCUCGGCGCCUGCAAGACUGUGAUGAACAAGUUGCUGCAGGAGUGCCUGUUAUUGGGCAUCGGACCUGAACUGGAACCAGGCUCUAUUUACCACACCCUGAUUGUGCAGCAAGUAAAAGUAGUAGAUCCAGAAGGAAACCUCAAGAAUGUGUAUCCGUCACGAACUGACUGCGUCUAUGAAGCCACUAACAUUAAGGUUGUACGUAGCAACAAGAAGUAAUUAAUACGUAAUAUAAUACAAUACUUAUGUAAAAUAACAAUGCCAUAAUGACAAUAGCUGAAUCUGCACCAGACAAUUUUGAGCACUCUGAUUCCGUAGCAGAAGACACUAUGUGUCUCAUCCAAUGCAAGCUGUAAAAAACAAUACCCUUCCUUCAGUGGGGUAAAAAGAUAGAAUACCGUAUUUGUAGUGCCUCUGGUAUUGCAAGUGUACUUAGGUACCAUAUACCCUUACCAUCAGGUAGCUGCCAGCUAAAACUACUACUUAAGUGAUCCAAUCCCUGUCUUUAAGAGGUCAAAAGAAUAGCAGCUGGAUCAACAAACGAUCUAAGAUCAUGGAUUGCGAACUGUAAUAUCACCGAUCCUAGGUUUUUAGAUCGCAAAUCGAUCGGCGACCUCAAAUUUUCUGGUGUAGAAUCAGCUAAUGAUGCUACAAAAUGUUAAAUGUCUCGGGGCCUAAUGACGUCACUAUACACCUGUAUGAUCAAGGCGUUUUAAAAAUUUCGAUUGGCUAAAUAACCAAGGUGCCAAGUCACGUGAUUAGGCCUUUGCAAAGGAUCUGUCCAAAAACAUGUAUUACUUCCGUAUUUAACUUCUACUUACUAUUAAUAUAAACAUUUGAAAAAUAAUUGUGAUUAUACUAUUAUGCCUUAUGACAUUAAAAAUUAUUGCCAAAUUAUAUUAUACAUUUUUUUCGGCGCACAAAUAUUUAUGUACGGAUUUGUGCCUCUCUGUACCUGUAUGUAUACAUUCACUUAAUAGGUUCGAAUUUACACUACUUAUUUAAUAUAAGAGUUAAUUUAAUUGAAAUUUUAAUUUCAACUUAAUUUACAUUUAAUUUAAUGUUGUGUUAUUAAAAUUAAGUGUUCGCAUCAUGGAUUGCGUUGCUUUGUGUGUCUAAGAUUGUAACAACUUUCUUUAUUAAUUUAAAAAGUAAUGCACAUGUCCCAAAUUGUUUUGGGCUGACAAAUCAAAUCCAGUAUGCUAUAAUUAAGUUAAAAAUUUGUCUGUGAUGAAUCAUGCUAGUAACGUACUAAUGUACCACAUCGAUACCGAUUGUAACUUAAAAAGUAAGAGAAAGUCUUUGUUACAUGUUUUCUUUUGAAUAUAAGUAUUUUUGUAACCUU